AUGGCAGCCUCCAAGUUUGUGGAAAUCCUGGAUACCAAGACGACACCAUACUCGCGCGACAAUGUCAGCCUGGACGAUGUCCUGGCCGAGACCAGAGAACGAUCCGAGUCCCAGGGCAGCAUAGCAAGCUCUACCACCGAGAAAUCAGAGUCUGCCUCCUCGCCAACAUCAUCCACACUCAGUGAACCCAUCAAAGCACGCCUACGAGCCUUCUCCAUUCGCAACAAGAGAUCAUCAAUGCCUGCACAAAUUUCUUCUUACCCUCCACGAUGA